AUGGCCGAAUAUUUUAUACAUGCCUUUAAAGGCAAAUUAAAGAAUCCCUCUCGACUCGAAUCCGCACCAGGGACCCCAAAAAAAUUAUCUCAAGGAAUCGACAAAUUUAAUAUCCCUCCUAUGACCCCAAGAAAACUUUCCGCAAAUGAUGAAAGUAACCAUUUGCUUGAAGGAAAUAACGCAGAGACUGCCCAUUCAAAAUAUUAUGAAAUCUGGCAGAGAGCAAAACGAAAGAUUUUCACAAACAUUAGAAUGAAGAAGUUAAUGAACAACAUAAGGCUUUUUGGGCCUGGGAUGAACGAAGAGAUGGAAGAAGGAGAUAUAGAAAACUAUUUCAAAAAAAAAAAAAACCAAAUUCUCACUGUCAGGUCAGGCCUUAUAGCUACCAAUAGCACUCCCUGUGGAAUUAUUCAUCCAUCAAAAGGAUGCAGAAUUGUAUGAAACUGCUACAUUGGGGCAGUGCUGAUAUUCACUGCUAUUUUCAUCCCUUAUUCAAUGGCAUUUAUUAACUCACUUGUCUUUGAUACUUGGUGGUGGAUGAAUACGAUCAUUGAUUUUAGCUUUUUGAUUGAUUUUUUGCUGAAUUUAAAUACAGCUUAUAUAGAUAGCGAAGGGGGAUUGGUAACAUCCCGAUGGAAAAUCUUUAUCAACUACUUAAAAGGAUGGCUUAUUUUAGAUCUGAUCUCAGCAAUCCCGUUUGGAUUUUUUGAAGCAUUUUCGGGACAAAAUGAAAGUUCUUCAAAUAACAGAAAAUAUAGCUCACUUGUAAGACUUUUUCGCUUAAAAGGGCUCCCAAAGCUGUUGAGGAUGCUUAAAGCUAUGAAAGUUGAAGGAAAUUCGAAAAAGGCUGAAAUUUUGGAAACCUUUCAGCAUUUUUUUAAUUUGGGACAUACUACGAUACGAUUCGUCAGCACAGUUUUUGGGCUACUUAUAGCUUUACAUUGUGUCACAUGCUUUUGGUACAUUUGUGAUAAAUUUGAUGACUUUGGUCCUGAUACCUGGGUUGUGAGGUAUGGAUAUAUAGACUCAGACCAUUUUACAAUAUAUUUAACCUCUAUGUAUUGGGCAUUAACAACCCUUGUAACGCUGGGAUAUGGCGACAUCACCCCAUUAACACUGACAGAAAAAUCAUUUACAAUGUGCUGAAUGGUGAUAUCAAUGUAUGCACUAUCCUUUGUGGUAAGCAGUCUUUCUUCAAUGUUUGCACAAACAGAUAUAAGGAAUAACCAAUUGACACAAAGGUUAGCAGAGGUUGAUGAGUUUGUAAGUGAGUGCAAUUUAAGCAAAGAAAUCCAGUCAAAAAUGCAUAAAGUAAUUACGAUGAAUACAGAACAAAGAGCAUUUUCAGUUGAAAAUAAAGAAAAUUUGUUAUAUGAGCUGCCGAUGAAGCUUAAAUAUGAUAUUGCUAUGAAUAUGUAUCACUCUGUCAUUAAAACGUUAUACUUUUUUAAUGACAGAGAUGAAAAUUUCAUUGCAAAAAUAAUGCCACUCUUGCAGCCGUUUUUUGUCCAGGCACUCGAGUCGAUCUAUUCUAUAGGAGAAAAUUCAACAGACAUUAUGUUUAUCAUGAGAGGAAGAUGCCAGUAUGUUUAUGGACAAGAAAAUACCACAUUCAGGCCAAUGUCAGAAGGGCAGCAUUUUGGAGAUAUAGAAACUGUCCAAAAAAUCACUCGAAAAUACAAUGUUCAAUCCUCUCAAGAAUGUAACUUAUUAGUAAUGGGCUCAAGGGUAAUUUUUAAUUAGACUGUGCAAAUUAUUGAGGAAGAGUUCCCUGAGGUGUGGAAGACAAUGGAAAAACAAGCACUCGAAAAUGAUAAAAAACUAAGAAAUGCCCUUGCAGAAAUGAAAAUAUUGCACGCAGCUAAUAAAGAAGGAAACAUCAAAAGCAUGACUUCUGUGCUGUUUAAAGAGUUGCUGACACAAGAAGUCAUAAAUUUAAAAAACUUAGAAAACAAUACCCCUGGAAACUCCAAAUUCGACUUCAUAAAAACUGCUAACGAAAAAAUCGACAAUCUCCAUAACUUGACAUCAGAAAAUGCAAAGAUAAUUGAAAAGAUUCUUCGAACUGUAAAAGAGCUGAAAAAUAAAAAAGAAAAUAAUAUAGAAGCAAGGCAAUCUUUGUGCAUAAAGCAAGAUAAUAAUCAAAAUAUGGCGUCAUCAAAAUUUCUGGUCUUACAAUCAAAAAAUCUGCUCUUGAAUAUCUUAAUUAUGAGUUUUGGCUUAACCAGACAAAUUAAUUCUUGGCUAUUUCAAGGGGAAAAAAAUUUUCUGAUAAAGCGCCAAUAGCCAAAGCUGUAGAGUCUGACAUGAUUAGAGCACUAGCUCGAACUAAAAAUUUUUGGCUGAAAGAGGGAAUGACAAAUACCUUACUCCCACAGCAAUAAAAAAAUUUUUGCUUAUUUGUUAGAAAUUUUAUAUGAAUUUAUCGAAAUUUGCUUAUUAUUGGAGGUUUUCAGAUCAAAAGUGAAAAAAUGCAAAUUUUGGGCAUGUGCCCAAAUAAUAGACAAAUUUCGAUUAUUCAUAUAAAUUACACUUUGUUAAUUUUUGCUUAAAAAUCACCCACUAAUAAACAAAUUUGCUUACUCCCCCCUUCUUGAGCGAACAAACCAAAUGGAAAAAUUCCUAUUUUUUGCCAAAAACCCACCUUCCGUGAGCGAAACAAAAUCCAUUAAUAAUAUAACAAUUUUCCAUAAAAAAUAAUUUUGAUAUAUAAGAGAUAAUUAUUAUAAGAAAAUCACUAGCUAAUUCUGUUUAAUUUUAAAUAAAUUGCAUUUUACAACAUAAAUUCUAUAAAUUUAAUAAAUAUAUGAUUCUAAUUUUUUGCGGAUUUGGAUUUUUUUAAAUUUUUCGAAAAAAAAAUUAUACUAUAAAUUUUUAAAAAAAUAAAUUCCUCUCCGUGACCGAACAAAAUUGUUUGUUCGCUCAGGAGGGGUAGUUAAGGGCAAAUGAAAUUGUAUUUUUUGAUAAGAUCAGUCGAAUUUGGGUGGUCUUGAGAGGAUUUUAUCAGAGAAAGGUAGAUAGGAGACGUGGUAUAUAAAAACAUUAUAGCUAAAGCUAAUCAAUAUGCAAGCAUAAAGCAAGACCAGUCUACUCAAACAAUUUUUGAGGACUAG